CGCACAGAAUGUUUAAAGGCUUGGGAACGUGGUUGGGGUUAGACAACCCGGCGCACGUCAAGACGUCGGAGGACAAAGAGGAGCAGAAUGUGGUCGAGGAAGUGAAGGAAGAGGCUGAAACGGAGGUAAACAAACAUCCAGCAGCUGAGCUGCAGCCGCGGACCGAGGCCGAGCAGGACGACGCGGACCCCGGGAAGGGACUCAGCGGUUUCAUCUUCAGUUUUGCGUCAAACGCCACAAAGAAGAUCUCGGAGUCUGUGGUGGAGACGGCGCACAACAUCAAGAAGACGGUGGAAGAAGGCAAAAUCGACGGCAUUAUAGACAAGACUUUCCUCGGAGACUUCCAGAAGGAGCAAGAGAAGUUUGUGCAGGAGAAGAAGGCAAAAAAAUCCGAAGUAGCGGUGCCUCCUUGGGUUGGCUACAACGAGGAGGAGACCAUCCAGCAGCAGAUCCUGGCUCUGUCUGCCGACAAGAGGAACUUCCUGCGAGACCCUCCGGCCGGAGUUCAGUUCCACUUCGACAUGGAGCAGAUGUACCCGCUGGCGGCGGUCAUGCUGGAGGAGGACGAGCUCCUCAACCGCAUGCGCUUCGACCUCGUCCCCAAACACGUGAAGGAGGAGAUGUUCUGGAGGAACUACUUCUACAGAGUGUCUCUGAUUAAGCAGUCGGCUCAGCUCACGGCGCUGGCGGCACAGCAACAGAAGGACGACGGCGAAAGCAACUCUGCGGUUUCACCCGAGAACGUCGUUUUAACAGAAAGCAUAAGAGCUAAAACUCCUCCGGUCUCCAUCAGCGACUUAAAGAAGGAGGAGGAGGUGGAGAUAUCCACGAGUCCCGGAGUGUCUGAGUUCGUGAGCGACGCUUUCGACUCUGCGGCCAUUAACCAGGAGGAUCUGAGGAAAGAGAUGGAGCAGCUGGUGCUGGACAAGAAGGACGGCGUCCCGUCUCCUGAUGAUUUUGCCGCAGACUGGGAGAAGGAGCUCCAGCAGGAGCUGCAGGAGUACGAAGUCGUGACGGAGUCGGACAACAAGGACGACCAGUGGGACCAGGAGAUCGAGAAGAUGCUCCAGGCCGACGACAGCUAGAAACCGACGGCGGUUUGUUGAUCCAAAACGUAUCGGUAUUGACCAACAGCACUCGAGCGGGACCGGUAUCCUCGCCGCCCCAUGAACUGACGUAGAGCAGGUCGUAGCUGCGCCCACAAUACUAGUGAAGUUCUGCUUUCUAAACUGGUUCCAUCCACUUCUCCCCCUCCUGCUCUUGUUGGGAGAAGACUCCAGGGGGCGCUCUAGUACAAAGUGGGUCUGUCUGUUGUCAGAUGUGAUCUUUGUUUCUGCUGCUGCUUCCUUGUACAGAAGAGUUGUAAAUAGAAGACACGGUUUUGACUAAACUGACUUCCGUACACAGGCUUGUUGAAUGAAUUCCAGUGAGAACGUCACUUUUAUGUCCUUUCUAUGCUGUAAGAACACUUCUUCUUCUGUUCCACCUUCUUUAAUAAAUAAUAUUAACAUUAA